AUGACCGCUUUUAACGACGCGAAGACAAUCGACGACCUGCUCGGCAGUGAGCCUACACCAGACGUCAUAGCCACCAAAGCCGAAAUUGACCCCACCGCCCUCAUCGAUCAUGCUGGACAGCUGAAAGAGCUGGGUCUGGACUAUGGCUGGGGCCUCACAACAGUCUUCGAGCGGACCAUCGAAUCGAUCUACUUGAAUACUGGUUACGGUUGGGCAGGGUCCAUAAUGCUUGCCGCUGUAGCCGUUCGCGGCGCUACCUUUUUCUUCCAGGCCCUUAGUUCAGACAGGAUGGCAGCGUUGGCCGCUCUCAAGCCUCUCACAGAACCCAUACAAGAGAAACUGACGGCCGCGAUUGCACGAGGAGACAAGCAGGCCGAGCAGAUGUACAAAAUGCAGCAGGCUCAAGUCAUGGCGCCGCAUAUGGGCGGCAUGUUCUCCAUGGGAGGAUUCAUGAUUAUACAAGCUUGGAUUGGUUUCAGUGCUUUCAGAUGUCUCCGAGCCAUGGGAGCACUGCCUGUGCCUGGCAUGGCGAACGAUGGCUUCUUCUGGUUUAAAGACCUUACCGUUAAUGACCCGUACUACCUCAUUCCUGCAGCCAUUACUGGCAUUUUUUAUAGUCUCUUCAAGAUGGGCGGUGAAACGGGUGUCUCGGCCGAAGCUGCCGGCCAGCAGAACGCGUUUCGACAGAGCCUUAUGACGGGCCUUGCCUUUUUCAUGGGUAUUGUUACCUCGUUUCAACCUGCUGUUCUGCAGCUCUACUUCCUCACUUCUGGUGUCCUAGGUGCUGGGACCGGUUACCUACUCCGCCAAAACUGGUUCAGACGCCUGAUCCACAUCCGCCAGCUCCCAAGCAAACAGAGCGCAGAGAUCUAUAGCAAGGUUGUAAAGGGCGAGGUCAGUCUCUCCCAGAUCAAGGGCAAGGACGGAAAGAUCCGAUACCAAGCGCCUACCGCUCCCACAAACCGCCGCUCAGCGACUACUCUCCCUGGCAUCAAGAUUCGCGAAGGCUUAACAGUGCCCGCUCACCUCAAGGUCGAGGAGCCAGUGAAGGUUAGCAGCGAGCGCCAAGACCGUGACGAGGACUUUGAGGCAGGUGCUCAGGGUACGAUGUUGGAGAAGCUGAGCUACUACCGCAGGAAUUACCGCCUUGCGUACAUUUACAGGCGCACGCAGGGAAGCAUUGAGAGGUCAUUGGAGAAGAUGGGUUAUGGGGGUAUCAAGACCACCGAAGCGCAGAAAAAGAGGAAGAUGCGUGCGGAGCAGUAUGAGAUUGAGAGGAGGCGGAGGUUUGAGAAUAGGAAGUAG